UAAAGUAAAGGCAAUUAUUGGUGGGUUCUUAUCAACACCACGAUCAAAUAGUAUAGCAGAUAAUAUUAUUAUCGUUUGUGGAAGGCAUCAUGCUUGUCUCUCAAAUCAAAUGCUUUCCACCUGUAAUCUGCACACCUGCACCAAUUGGUUUAUUAAAUACUGUAGAGGAAUAAUAAAGUAAUAGAAAGCAUAAAAAAAAAAUAAAAAUUCUUUAUUAUUAUUUAUUUUUCUUUCUUUCGGUGGAUUUGCUGUUGGAUCUGCUGUUGGAUCUGCUUUUGCUUUCAUCAUUGCUGCUGAUAAUUGCCCAAAAUAAUCGCAGGUCCACCACUACCGCCUGGACCUACAACCCCAUCUGUAACAAUGGUCAAGCACACAACGCCUGAGCUUGAAACCAUAGAGAAAUAAUUCUUUGUCUCAGCUUCCACGGCAAGUUGUGGCCUCUCCGAUGGAGCUGCAAGUUCUGAUUGUUUAAAAUAAGCAAACACUUUUUGAUUGUUUCCCGGAAAAAGAGAAAUUAAUUCCCGAGAAAAACCGGCCAAGUUGCUCGAGCUGAAUUACUAGACUCUUUGCUCGUUCAACGAAAAACCAACGGAAACACCGAUUCAACUCAGUCAUCGAGGUCAUAACGUGUUAUAAAUCUAAAGAAGAAAUUUGGAGAGGAAAUUGAGAGAGAGAGAGAGAGAGAGAGAGAAGGGAAUGAUUUUCUCUUCUUAUUGUGUGUUCCUUACAAGAAUGGAGAAGCCCUAUUUAUAGGCAUUUGGGCUCCAUCAUAUUUACAACAAUUUGAAUCUUUCUUUUAUUUUUGUUUCUCUCUCUGGGUUCCACAAGAAACAUGGGCUUUUGUUUCUCCCUUUGUCUAAAACUGCAUGGACUAUUUAUCCAUAGAUGAAAAUGCUGAGCACAUUUGUAUCUCUAUUUGGACAACCUAGUUGAAGGCUUGCCUUGGCUCUAAAGGCAAGUUUGGCCCAUCUACAAAACAGAAAGAUUAAAGUUGAGAUUUCUAUUUUUUUUCACCUUUUUUUUAUAUUUUUUUAUACGAGAGAGACGUGAUACAUUUGCAUUUUGCAAAUCUUUUUACAAGCAAAUUUUAUAAUUUACUAGUCAAAGCAAAUCAACAGUGAUUUGCUUCAGAAAAAAAGGAACUAAAUUUGAAUCAAUUUCCCACUAAAGAAGACUAAUUGAUGCUAAUUACUGAUUCCCUGUACUAAAUUUAUUGCCAAAUUCAAUCAGAUUCCCGAAAUUAAUAUACAGGCCACCAUGAUAUUUGACUGAUGGACGACAUAAUUUUUGCAAAAACAUAAGGAUAUUUUUCUCUCUCAAAUAGUCAAAUUGCCCUUUUUUAAGGCCACUGUUUUCCCACCAAUUUUCAGAAAUCUCCCAAUCAUAUAUCCAAAUAAAAAACUGUUUUUAAAAAUUAUAUAAUUUCCAAAAAAAAAAAAAAAAUUGCCAAUUCCCUUAGAAGGUAACUUUCAAAUCCCACAACUUUCCGUUAUUAAUCCGAAGAGGGAAGCAAAUUUUGCUUCCAAAAAAGGCAAAAAAAGAGUUUUAAAAACAGGGGAAAGCAGAGCCCUCUUUACGAAUUUCUUCAGAAAACAUUCAAAGCAAAGCAAUGGGGAGUUCAAUUCUCCCUCCUUUUCUUCUAUCUGUUCUUCUCUUCUCCCUGUUUCAGAUACCAGUUCAUGCUGCCAAAAAUUCUUACAUAGUGUACUUAGGAGCACAGCCUCAUGUCCUGGACCCUUCGUCGGUCGAUCUCGAUAGCGUAACAAACUCUCAUUACAAUUUAUUGGGAUCAGUAUUGGGAAGCAAUGAAAGGGCCCAAGAAGCAAUAUUUUACUCCUACAACAGAAAUAUCAAUGGCUUUGCUGCAAUUUUGGAUGAGGAAGAAGCUGCUCAGAUUGCAAAGGACCCAAAUGUUCUUUCUGUUUUCCCAAACAGAGGAAGAAAACUGCAUACAACUCGUUCAUGGGAUUUUCUUGGAUUGGAAGAAAACGGAGAAGUUCGUCACGGUUCGAUUUGGAAGAAGGCACAGUUUGGUGCAAAUACCAUUAUCGGAAACCUUGAUACUGGUGUUUGGCCGGAAUCAAAGAGCUUCAGCGAUGAAGGGAUUGGACCAAUCCCAUCCAAGUGGCGUGGAAUCUGUCAGCUUGACACCAAAAAUGGUUCUCAUUGCAAUAGGAAGCUGAUCGGAGCAAGGUACUUUAGCAAAGGCUAUCUUGCAUAUGCCUCCACAGUAAACUCCUCUGCAGCUAAGACCAUCCAGCCCAACGCACGCGACUUCGGUGGCCAUGGCUCUCACACCCUGUCAACAGCUGCUGGUAAUUUCGUCCCGAGAGCAAGUGUCUUCGGCAAUGGCAAUGGCACUGCAAAGGGUGGAUCACCGAAAGCUCGUGUGGCUGCGUACAAGGUAUGUUGGCCGCCAAUCAAUGGCAAUGAGUGCUUUGAUGCAGACAUCAUAGCAGCCUUUGAUGCUGCAAUCAGUGACGGUGUUGAUGUGCUUUCGGUGUCUCUGGGUGGUGAAGCCGCAGAGUUCUUUAGUGAUGGGAUCGCAAUAGGGUCCUUCCAUGCUGUCAAGAAGGGGAUUUCUGUAGUCAGCUCAGCUGGCAAUUCAGGCCCUACCCCCGGGACAGUGUCGAAUGUGUCACCGUGGUUGCUCACAGUUGGAGCUAGCACAAUUGAUCGUGAGUUCUCCAGUUAUGUUGCUCUUGGCAACAAGAAGCAUCUCAAGGGAGCAAGUCUUUCCUCUGGAGCUUUGCCAUCUAAGAUGUUCUACCCAUUGAUAAGUGCAGUAGAUGCUAAGGGAGCUAAUGCUUCCUCUUCGGAUGCCCAGCUCUGCAAAGCUGGAAGCCUGGAAAAAAAGAAGGUGGAGGGGAAAAUUUUGGUCUGCAUUCGAGGGGAAAAUGCAAGAGCAGACAAGGGUCAGCAAGCUGUUCUUGCAGGUGCUGUUGGAAUGAUUUUGGUUAAUGAUAAGCUAAGUGGGAAUGAAAUAAUUGCUGAUCCUCACUUGCUUCCCACUUCACAUGUCAAUUAUUCGGAUGGGAAAGCUGUUUUUGCCUACAUCAAGUCUACCAAGACCCCUGUGGCUUACUUAACUCGUGUGAAGACGGAAGUAGGAGCAAAACCAGCACCAUUUAUGGCUUCAUUCUCUUCUAGGGGACCUAACACCAUUGAGCAGUCAAUCCUUAAGCCUGAUAUCACAGCACCAGGAGUGAGUAUAAUUGCUGCUUAUACUGGAGCAGAAGGGCCAACUGAUCAGAAGUUCGAUAAGCGCCGUGUAUCUUUCAAUACAGAAUCUGGAACUUCGAUGUCAUGCCCUCAUGUAUCUGGAAUUGUUGGUCUUCUGAAAACUCUUCACCCAUCUUGGAGCCCUGCAGCUAUUAAAUCUGCAAUCAUGACUACAGCAAGAAAACGAGAUAACAAGAAGGAGGCAAUGCAGGAUUCAUCCAAAGCCAGAGCAACACCAUUUGCUUAUGGAGCAGGACAUGUUCAACCAAACCGUGCUAUGGACCCUGGACUUGUUUAUGACUUAACUACUGAUGAUUACUUGAAUUUCUUAUGCUUUCGUGGCUACAACGCAACACUGCUCAAAGUAUUUUCCAACGAGCCACACACAUGUCCCAAGGCAUACAGUCUUGCAGAUUUUAACUAUCCUUCAAUUACAGUUCCUGAUCUCCAUGACAAACCAGUGACUGUAACUAGAAGAGUUAAGAAUGUUGGUUCUCCAGGCACAUACGUAGUACAUAUUAAGGAACCAGCAGGAGUUUCUGUGUCGGUCAAGCCUGGUAGCUUGCAAUUCAAGACCAUUGGUGAAGAGAAGAAAUUCAAGGUUGUUCUGAAGCCUAAGGUUCAGGGUGCUCAAGACUAUGUGUUUGGAGAGUUGAAUUGGUCUGAUGGAAAGCACAAUGUCAGGAGCCCUAUUGUUGUCAUGCACUACUAGAAAUGACAAAGUAGGUCAAUUCAUUUUCAUCAUUGUCUAGAGCCCUUCAAAUAUGUGGAAAUUAUUAGGUAGAGAUCAUAUUAGUCAAAUGUAUUUUAUGUCUUUUCUGCUUUUUUGGCAGAAAUGAUUUAUUUUUCUAAAACAUCAGUGGAAAAUAAAAAGGUGAAUAAAGGAAUUGAUGAUAAAGGAUCAAAUGGAAGUUUUUAUUUGGUUACCAUGUGAAAAAAUGUAGAGUUAAUUUAAUAUUUUUUUUCUUGACUUGAGCUCGUUGUGUGUCACAACUUGCUGCCCAAACAGGCAUAAAGUAGGACAAAGACUUGGACCCAUGUGUCCAAACAAGGAUCUUUUGUUUUACUUAAAGAAUAUUGAAGCAUAAUGGCUAGAAGAGAAAAGAGAAAAGAAAAAAAAAAAAAAA